CUGCUGCUGUCGGAGUCGAACGAAGGCCAAGACGGCCAUGUUUGCUGUCUUUGUGGAAAACGCCACCAGUGGAGCCAACAUGAUGCCGCGGCGAAGGCGAACAGAUCCCAAGGACGCCAUCAUGGGCGGCAGCAACAGCAACAUCGUACUGCAACGACGGCAGGGGGGUCGACGACCCAACAGGCGGCGGCCCAGGCAAUCCGGGGCUGGGGCAGCAGCGCUCGCCUCCUCCGCGCUUGCCUGCCUCCUCGUCCUCUUCCUCCCCCCUGGAACCAUGCCAUCGGCCUCGGCGUUUACCGCUUCUUCUGUGCUGUUGUCGCCAUCGACAGCCCUCGCAGGUAGUGCUGCAUCGCGUGUCGUCGGUGGAGCAAGUGGCCUUGUGAGACGAGCGCAACAGCAGCAGCAGCACGGGGGGAGAAGGGUGACGGGCAGAGGCGGGUUGUCGACGGCAGUCAUGGCAGCGGGCUGGCUGGAUAAAGAGGACGGCCCUGCAAUCGACCCCUUCGACGAGGGAAAAAUGAACGCGCAAGGACAGCAUGUUAUCAACUGGUGGGCUAAGGACGUGCAGCCCGCGAGGUUGUUGAGAGACACUGUGUAUCAGGCGAAGGGCAUGCGGCCCGUAAGGUAUCCGGGGCACAUCGCCAAGGCGGAGCGGCAGCUCCAGGACUAUCUCAACAUGGUGGACGUAGUGGUCGAGGUCCGCGACUGCCGCAUUCCCGCCGCCACAACACACCAGCUGGUCCCUUCGUGGGUUGGCAAAAGGCCUCUUAUCGUGGUGUUGAACCGAGUGGACACCGCUUCCCCCACUGCCGUGGAGCAGUGGAAGAAGUACCUCGUGGCUGAGGGUGGCCUGCGUGCUGACAACCGCGGGGGAAACGUUCCCGUCUUCUUCGUUGACUCCAAGCGCGGCAGGGGGGUGCACGAGAUCAAGAAGGCGGCGCUCAAGGCCGGGUCCAGGGUUAACGAUCGGCGGGUUCGCCGGGGCAUGAAUCCGCGGAGCGUUCGGGUGGCCGUGAUCGGCUUCCCCAACGUGGGGAAGAGCGCUCUCAUCAACAGGCUCAUCGGAAAGAAGGUGGCCAAGUCCAUGAACAAGCCGGGCGUCACCAAGAAGAUGAACUGGGUGCGGCUCGGCGGGAAGGACACCAAGCCUGAGCAAAACCUGGAACUCCUGGACUCUCCGGGGAUCAUCCCCGCUAGGCAAGACGACCAAAACCAAGCCCUCAAGCUCGCCAUCUGCAAUGACAUCGGGCAGGCCUCGUACGAUACUCAGGUGACGUCACCCCCUCCACCAGAGCUCGUAGAAGAAAAAGGCGUUUGUGUCAGGGGCGGGAGCGCAUGGCUUCAAUGUUUUCGCUCUUGUCUCACGCUCUGCUGCUUGGCUCUGAUUGGCUAUGUCUUCGGGUCGCCGUUCUUGGGUGUGUGCGGGCAUUGUUCCCCCCUCAACGACCAAUCCAAUCCCACACCACUUCAGGUAGUGGCGGCGAAGAUGAUCGACCAGCUCGUGGAGACAGCGGUUCAGUUCCCGGGGUAUGUGAGCCUCGACGCCGUCGCUACGCGGUACGGCAUCGACCCUAGGAGGCACUCCGGGGAGGAGUACCUGCACCUCGUCGCGCAGAAAAUGUACUUCGGGGAGAAAAACUCUGCGGCAGACAAGCUCUUGGGCGACUUCCGAAAAGGCCACCUGGGCUCCCUCUCCUUGGAGGCUCCCCCUCGAGCCAACGCCGCCCACAACAGGCUCCCCCUCAAGCCAGGAUUGGAGGCCGGCGGCGCUAGCGGGGCGGGGGCGGGCACCUCCCGGGACGCCGCCGGUCGGCCAAUGGGCGGCGGGAAAAUGCGGGAAUUUGGGGGAGGUGUGGAGGAGGAGGUGGAGUUCGGGGCGGCCGCCAAGGAGGCGAGAGAGUUUGUCGGGAGCGGGGAAUUUGAGGGCUGGUGAUUGCUCGAACGGAGUACUCUUA